UAUUUUUUUUACAGCUGAAUCAGCUUUGUACAAAUGGUGUUCCCUUGAACAAACAGGAGACAGUUGGGACUUCUAGGAACUCUGAAAGCUGAGUAAGACCAUGAAGCGGUUCUUCAAACCAAUAGAGAAGGAAGGGUCGGCCAAGAAGCCCUCGCUUUCACCUUCAAAGCAAGGUGGCGAAAUUGGCGAAGCACAACAAGAAGAGGACAUCAAGAAAGAGCCAUUGAAGUUCGUCACAUGGAACGCCAACAGUUUGCUUCUUCGAGUCAAGAACAACUGGCCACAGUUUUCCAAUUUUGUUUCCAAUCUUGACCCUGAUGUCAUUGCUAUACAGGAAGUAAGGAUGCCUGCUGCUGGUUCAAAAGGUGCACCUAAAAAUCCAGCAGAGUUAAAAGAUGAUACAAGCUCUUCUAGAGAAGAAAAGCAGAUAUUGAUGCGUGCUCUUUCUCGUCCACCAUUUGGAAAUUAUCAUAUUUGGUGGUCUCUGGCGGAUUCAAAAUAUGCAGGCACUGCAUUGUUAGUAAAGAAGUGCUUUCGACCCAUAAAAGUUUCUUUUUCUCUUGAUGGAACAGUUUCAAAGCAUGAACCAGAUGGCCGGGUUAUUUUAGCUGAAUUUGAGACAGUACGUGUAUUGAAUACCUAUGCACCAAACAAUGGUUGGAAAGAAGAGGAAAAUUCAUUUCAGCGGAGAAGAAAAUGGGAUAAAAGGCUUCUAGAGUUUGUUGUGCAAUUGUCAGAUAAGCCUCUUAUUUGGUGUGGAGAUCUGAAUGUAAGCCAUGAGGAUAUUGAUGUGAGUCAUCCAGAAUUCUUCAGUGCAGCAAAGAUGAAUGGUUAUGUUCCUCCAAAUAAAGAGGAUUGUGGACAGCCUGGAUUUACCUUAGCUGAGAGGAAGCGCUUUGGGGCAAUAUUGAAAGAGGGAAAGCUAUUAGAUGCAUAUAGAUACCUGCACAAGGAGAGGGAUAUGGAGCGUGGGUUUUCAUGGUCUGGAAACCCCAUUGGGAAGUAUCGAGGAAAAAGAAUGAGAAUAGACUAUUUCGUGGUUUCAGAUAAGCUCAAGAACAGGAUUAUUGCAUGUGAAAUGCAUGGGCACGGGAUUGAAUUAGAAGGUUUUUUUGGGAGCGACCAUUGCCCAGUUUCCCUGCACCUUUCACUUUCAAAGGAGUGCAAUGAAGCAAAUUGACAUGGUGACGAUGCCUUGGUAUUAAUUGCAACUAACUUCUCUUUUCUUUCUUUUUUUUUUAAAUGUGAAUGUAUAAUAAAUUAAUAUUUUUGG